GGGCGGGAGGCAGCGAAAGGCCGGGCUGAGGGCGGAAGUGGGCGGUGGCAGCCUCGGAAGUGAUGCGCGGAGGGGGGCACGGGCCGUCCUCCCUCGGACGAUGUCUGGCGGUCCCCUCGGAGCUGAGGCGGCGCCGGGCUUCGGGAAGCGGAUCCUGGUGACUGGCGGCGCUGGGUUCAUUGCAUCUCAUGUGGUGGUUUCUCUCGUAGAAAACUAUCCGAACUAUAUGGUUAUUAAUCUGGACAAGCUGAACUACUGUGCAAGUUUAAAGAACCUUGAGACAAUUUCUGGGAAACCGAACUACAAAUUUAUCCAGGGGGACAUCUGUGACACAGAGUUUAUAAAAAAAUUGUUUGAGACGGAGAAAAUCGAUAUAGUAUUACAUUUUGCAGCACAGACGCAUGUAGAUCUUUCGUUCUGGCGCAAAUUUGAAUUUGGCUAUGUGAACAUUUAUGGAACUUGUGUUCUGGUUGAUGCUGCUUAUGAGGCCAAUGUGGAGAAGUUUGUGUAUGUCAGCACGGAUGAAGUUUACGGCGGAAGCUGUGACAAGGAAUUUGACGAAUCAUCACCCAAACAGCCCACAAACCCUUACGCAAGCUCGAAAGCAGCGGCUGAAUGCUUUGUUCAGUCUUACUGGGAAAGAUAUCAGUUUCCGGUCGUUAUAACCCGGAGCAGCAACGUUUAUGGACCCCACCAGUUUCCAGAAAAAGUUAUUCCCAAGUUUAUUUCCCUUUUGCAACAGAACAGAAAAUGUUGCAUUCACGGCUCAGGUCUGCAGAGGAGAAAUUUCCUGUACGCCAGUGACGUCGCGGAAGCGUUUCUUAUCGUGAUGAAGAAAGGACAGCCUGGCGAAAUCUAUAACAUUGGGACCAGUUUUGAGUUGUCUGUAACACAGCUUGCCAAGGAAUUAAUCCAUCUAAUAAAGAACACCAGCUCAGAAUCCGAGACAGACUAUUGGAUGGAUUACAUUAAAGACAGACCUACAAAUGACUUGGGUUAUCCGAUGAACUCUGGAAAGAUGCACAGCUUGGGCUGGAGACCCAAAGUACCUUGGAAAGAAGGAAUAAAGAAAACAAUUGAAUGGUAUCAAGAGAACUUCCACAACUGGAAGCAUGUAGAGAGCGCUCUGGAGCCUUACCCUGUUAUGGAAGACUAGGGAUGACUAGUCGUGCGGCUCAGUUCGAAGGAAGAAAAUGAAGGAAACCAUUCUACCUCUCAAGACUACAGUGUUAUCGGGGGAGUGGGGGGACCGAACUCUCCUGAAGGGGCAAAAGUGAAGAUGCCGUAUCUUCAGGAAAGAUGCAAGCUCAAGCAUCAACAUAUAUCAAGAAGGAAAAUUGAAAAGAAUUUGGAAAAUCUAGAUAUCUUUAGGGACCAUCAGCAGUCCAAUGCAAUACUGAAGCUUUAAAGUAUUUUUUUAUUAAAAUCAUGGAAUUAAAGCCAUUUUUGUUAAUUGUACACUUCAGCACAACUAUUUUGUAAUAAAAUGUAUUGUUAAUUUUCAAAGAAAGUUCUAGGCAUCUCUUUCUGCUCCUGGAUUUGUGUAGUCACAAAAAGAGCGGAGUUGUCUUUGACUGGUUCCCCAGGAGCAGGUCAUUUUUAUAAGCUGCUUAGAAGUUUCUACCAUGCUAUGUAAUCAGUGUUUUUUUAAAACCCUGAAAUGUGUGAACUUAUGCAAAGAGUAAAGCUCAGAUUCUGUUAAAUGUG